AUGGGUAUCAACAUCACGGAAGCGAACAAAUCUUACUUAUUAUCCCAAACAACAUAUGCGGCUUCUAUUCUGGAUAUGGUUGGCGCAACAAACUGCAAAGCUCUUGCCAAUCCCGCAUGUACUAAAACUCCGGACUCCAGCAGCACAACACCCUUACCACAUGAUCCUAAGCUCUACCGUCAGAUUACCGGGUCUCUACAGUAUCUAACUAUAACUAGACCGGACAUAGCCUUUGCCGUCAAUCUCUUAUGCCAACAUAUGCAUAAUCCGGAUGCUUCUCAUUUUCAACUCCUCUACAGAUUACUUCGUUAUAUAAAAGGCACUAUCUCACUUGGUCUACCUAUCUUGCAGGGUCCUAUGGUACUACGGUCUUACUCUAUCGCAGAUUGGGCUAGAGACAAAGACACCAGACGAUCCACAUCUGGCUAUUGCACCUUCUUGGGUAACACACUCAUUUCUUGGAGCGUCAAGAAACAACACACUGUUGCUCGCUCCUCAACUGAAGCAGAAUAUCGAUCGCUGGCCACGUCUCUCGUGGAUAUCCUUUGGCUCCGCCGCCUACUGCUUGACUUCAACAUCAAUUCAACAGCUCCAACAAGUAUGCACUGUGAUAGCACCUCCACCAUUGCCCUCGCAAAUAAUCUGGUUCACCCGGAUAAGAAUAAAGGGCCUGGUGCAAAGGAAGCGUUUGAGGCUGUUUCUAAAGCUUUUCAGUGCCUUGGCGAUGAAGAGAGCAGGAAAAGGAAUUUCUUCUUCAGGUGGAAUAGCAUAGCAUAUCUCAGAAUUUUGAAGAAGAUAUUAUGGAAAUAG